UCAGGUGACGUUGACGUCAUUAUCACAGUAAGCAAAGGUCGCAAAGCGGCGGGUUGCCCAAGAACGAAACCAACAUGGCUUGUAGUUGCUCCAUCGUUUUCUUUUCGCUCUUGUUGUCGGCCGCGUCUGCCGGACACUUAUUCAACAACAAGGAGCCCGGUUAUGUCCCCAAGACGAGGAAAAAUGGCUUUGGACUCAGGACCGCUCCUCUCCCUCACGAGUAUUUGAACGUGAGCGAUUUGCCCAAGUCGUGGGACUGGAGGAACAUCGGCGGAAUCAACUACGUCAGCGCCACCCGCAAUCAGCACAUUCCUCAGUACUGCGGCUCGUGUUGGGCUCACGGCAGCACCAGCGCGAUGGCAGAUCGCAUCAAUAUUAAGCGGAGAGGAGCGUGGCCGUCGGCCUACCUGUCCGUACAGCACGUGGUGGACUGCGCGCAGGCCGGUACUUGCCACGGCGGGGAUCACCUCAGCGUUUGGGAGUACGCCAACGCCCACGGCGUCCCGGACGAGACGUGCAGUAACUACCAGGCCAAAGACCAGGAAUGUAAAGCCUUCAACGAGUGCGGCACCUGCACCACCUUCGGCGUAUGCGACGUGGUGAAGAACUACACCCUGUGGAAAGUGGCCGAUUACGGAGCGGUGAGCGGAAGGGAGAAGAUGAUGGCAGAAAUCUACGCCAGAGGUCCCAUAAGCUGCGGGAUCAUGGCGACAGAAAAACUGGACGCGUACGACGGCGGUCUGUACUCUGAGUAUGUCGAGACACCCUACGUAAACCACAUCGUGUCAGUGGCGGGAUGGGGAGUCGAGAACGGGGUGGAGUACUGGAUCGUGCGCAACUCCUGGGGAGAGCCGUGGGGGGAGAAAGGUUGGCUCCGGAUCGUCACCAGCUCCUUCAAAGGAGGAAGCGGAAGUUCCUACAACCUGGCGGUGGAGACGGACUGCGCCUACGGAGACCCCGUCCUCCCAAAAGACUACCUCGUCUAGAUCCCACCGGGAUCCGCUUUUAAGAAGGGACCGUAUUAUUCUUUUACGUGUUGAUUUGAUAUGAGAAAUCUGCAGGCUGUUGAACAGUCCAAAGUUUUGAAAUGUGGAAUGAAUGGGGACCAGAUCUGACGGUGAUUUACGUUGUAUUGCAAAAUUGACACAAGCUGAAUAGAUAUUUUUUUAAACAAUACACAAAAUGAUCAUUGAAAUCUCCAAAUUGUAAAUGCAUGCUAUGCUGCUACCUUCACAGUUGAAUAAAGUGUGCCUUACACCAGUGAUCCCCAA